AGACAAGAGAAAAGGUCAAAGUACUGUCAACAAAAACAGACAAAUGCUUGAUAGUAUCCUUCUAAGUUCACAUACAAGAUAGACUAGUUGCUUUGGUUGAGCCGUUUCCUCUACAAAAAUGAGGGUCCAGAAUACAGAGCUGUAUCCCACAUUUUUCUCGAUUAUAGCAGUAGUAUUAGUUACCAACAAUUAUUGGUUUGUGCGAGCAUACCACUAUUCACUAGACCGCAAUAAACUCCGAACUAUACAAGCCGAUGAAGUGACCGGCUCAAUGGUCGACGGUUUCAAAAUGGAACUUCAAAUACACCAAGAAGAAUGGAUCGAAACCGCAAGACAUUAUUUUGAGGAUUACAACCGCAACUUGACAAAUGGUGAAGAAUUUGAUUUCAUCAUUGUUGGGGCAGGAUCUGCCGGUUCGGUGGUUGCCAAUCGGCUUUCGGCAAAUGAAAACUGGCGUGUGCUCUUGAUAGAAGCAGGGGAUGACCCUCCACUUCUUUCAGAGGUGCCGGCAAUGUACAGUGCUUUACAAGGCACUACUGCAGAUUGGCAGUAUGUAACGGCUAAAGAUAACCAAACAUGUCUUGGACUGAAAAAUCAGCAAUGCAGUCUACCCAAAGGCAAAUUACUCGGUGGGACAAGUUCCAUCAACGGAAUGUUCUAUGUGCGGGGAAAUCGGAAGGACUACGAUGCAUGGGAAUCUCAAGGCAAUUCAGGAUGGAAUCACAGGGAAACGCUGAAAUACUUCAAAAAGUCAGAGAAUGUAGAGAAUGUUUACAUAAAAGCCGAUGAUGGUCUGAUGAAGUACCAUGGGACUGGAGGUUAUUUGUCGGUGGAUAGUUUCAACUCGACUCCUCACUACCUAGCUGACCAUUAUAUUUCAGCUGCAGCAGAGUUGGGAUACGGAUUACUAACAUGUGUAAACGGGGAGACACAAACCGGGUAUUCGUUUCUCAGCGCAACAGUGUCACAAGGGAGACGUUGCAGUGCAGCGAAAGCUUUCCUCAAACCGGCUAGAGAUAGGGAUAAUCUUAAAGUCAGCACAGAACGUACGGUAACAAAAAUACUGCUCCGACAGAAGAGUAAAAAAGCAUAUGGGGUAGAACUGUCUGUGUAUGAUAGAACUGUUCGAGUGCAUGCAAAGAAAGAGGUUAUCCUUUCAGCAGGCUCAAUUGGUUCACCUCAGUUGAUGAUGGUUUCUGGUAUUGGGCCCAAGUCGCACUUGGAGGAGAUGGGAGUGGAUUUUAUUCAAGACUUACCCGUGGGUAAAAAUUUACAAGACCAUGUUGCAUUGCCGAUUGUGGUGGCGUACAAUGAUCAGCUCAUCAACAAAACAGACUGUUUGGAUGCUUACGACUCAUUCUAUCAAUUUUUGAGAAAGUCUUCGGGGCCUUUAACAAACUUAGGCUUCAAUUCCUUCACAGGAUUUAUUAGUACUACUGAAACAAAGGACUAUCCAGACAUCCAAAUCCAUCACUUCACUUUUGCUAAAAAUGACAGUAAGGCUCUUGGCACGUUUUUGAAAGGCUACGGGUUUUUAGAGGACACAGAAAAGUCAGUACUGGAGAUUAAUUCAAAAAGUGAUGUAACAUUGGUGAUUCCUGCUUUGCUGCGACCAAAGAGCCGUGGACAGAUUUUGCUCCAGAGUGCCAACGUCACCGAUAAACCAAUAAUAAUAUCUGGAUUCUUGAACGACACAGAUGACGUGGCAAAACUCAUAGAUGCUAUCAAAUUUGUGCAAAAGUUUGUCAAAACUGAGUCGCUCACCAGAAUUGGAGCUGAAAUAAAACGGAUAAAUAUGAAGGGUUGCGAAGCAGAGGAAUUUCAAUCAGACAAGUACUGGAAAUGUAUGUUGCACCACAUGGCUUCCUCUCUGUAUCACACUGUCGGCACUUGCAAGAUGGGACCAAAAAGCGAUCCAACUGCUGUUGUUGACCACAGUUUGAAAGUUCAUGGCAUUGAUAGACUGCGUGUAGUUGAUGCAUCCAUAAUGCCAACAAUCGUCAGCGGGAACACAAACGCAGCUGUGAUGAUGAUCGGUGAAAAGGCAGCAGACAUGAUUCUUCACAGAUGGCGGGAUAACAAUUCAGAGAAACGAAGGAAAAAUAAGAACUAAGAGGAUUUUAAAGGCUUUAGCAGUUCCUUCCUAAGGCACCUCUCGUAGAGUGACCUACCUUGGUUAGAUAAAACUGAUCACCUUAAAUGAAAAUCAUGCUAUGCAGAGAGAAAUAAACUUGAAGAAAAACAUAUGAUUAAGUAUGAACUGGUGAUAUUUAAUGUUUCUGAUGUUAAAAUAUAAUACUUCCAGCAUAUUUAUUCUAACUGACGUGUUUUAAAUGAGAUGAUAUACUGUUUAAAGCGCUUUUAAUACUGUUGAAAAAUAAAAAAAAUAUCUGCAAAGAUUAAAAAAGACUUGACAAAGAUUGC